GCUGCGUCUCGGCGCAGAGGGCGCCCCCCCGGCCCAGCCGACUCCCCUUCACCGGCUGCCCCCUCCCUCCGCGACUCGCCCUCCCGAGCGCGCCGGGGCGCAUGAGUGUCCACUCGGGGGGAGGCAAGCGGCCGUCGUCGCCCCCGCCGCGUCCGGGAUUGGGCCGCCGGAGCAGGAGCCGCGGGAGAAGAUGUCUUUGCGCAUCGCGCUGGCGGCGGGCAACGAACGCACUUCCGAGCCGCACCAGCGCUGCCCUGUGGUGACCCUCGAGCCAGCCCCCCUGCCGGCCACGCCACCGCUGUCCCCCCAGCCCUCCACCCUGGCCGGCAGCCGCUCCGAGAAGGGCUCGUCAUGGUCCAGCCGCUCCCUGGGUGCCCGGUGCCGCAACUCCGUCGCCUCCUGUCCUGACGAGCAGCCCCACAUCGGCAACUACCGGCUCCUCAAGACCAUCGGCAAGGGCAACUUUGCCAAGGUCAAGCUGGCCCGGCACAUCCUCACGGGCAGGGAGGUGGCUAUAAAAAUAAUUGACAAGACACAGCUAAAUCCAACAAGUCUCCAGAAGCUCUUCAGAGAAGUGAGGAUCAUGAAGGGAUUGAACCACCCCAACAUCGUGAAACUCUUUGAGGUGAUAGAGACAGAGAAGACCCUCUACCUGGUGAUGGAGUAUGCCAGUGCCGGAGAAGUCUUUGAUUACCUGGUUUCCCAUGGUCGCAUGAAGGAGAAAGAAGCUCGGGCCAAGUUCAGACAGAUUGUCUCGGCUGUGCACUACUGCCACCAGAAGAAUAUUGUACACAGAGACCUGAAGGCUGAAAACCUUCUGUUGGAUGCUGAUGCCAAUAUUAAAAUAGCCGACUUUGGGUUCAGCAACGAAUUUACACUUGGCUCCAAGCUGGAUACCUUCUGUGGGAGCCCCCCCUACGCCGCCCCGGAGCUCUUCCAGGGCAAGAAGUAUGACGGGCCAGAGGUGGACAUCUGGAGCCUGGGGGUCAUUCUUUACACCCUCGUCAGCGGCUCCCUUCCUUUCGAUGGGCAGAACCUCAAGGAGCUGCGGGAGCGUGUGCUGCGUGGCAAGUAUCGUGUCCCCUUCUACAUGUCCACGGACUGUGAAAACAUCCUGAGGCGCUUCUUGGUGCUGAAUCCUGCCAAACGCUGCACCCUGGAGCAAAUAAUGAAGGACAAGUGGAUCAAUAUCGGCUACGAGGGGGACGAGCUGAAGCCCUACCGAGAACCCGAAGAGGAUUUCGCAGACACCAAGCGCAUCGAAGUCAUGGUGGGCAUGGGCUACACCCGAGAGGAGAUCAAGGAAGCCUUGUCCAACCAAAAGUACAACGAGGUCACUGCCACCUACCUCCUGCUGGGCAGGAAGAACGAGCAGGUGGACGGGGGGGAGCCACGCACGGGCAGCAGCCUCUCCCUGGCCCGGGUGCGGCCACCCAGCGAGGCCUCCAAUGGCGCCAGCAAGUCUUCCUCGCACUCCAAGGGCCAGCGGAGCUCUUCCACCUACCACCGGCAGCGGCGGCACAGCGAUUUCUGUGGCCCUUCCCCUGCCCCCCUCCACCCCAAGCGGAGCCCGACCAGCACCGGAGACGGGGAGCUGAAGGAGGAGCGGAUGCCGCCCCGCAAGGCCAGCUGCAGCGUGGUGAGCAGCGGCCGUGGGGGCAUCCCUCCUUCCAGCCCCAUGGUCAGCAGUGCCAAUAACCCCAACAAGUCGGAGAUCCCUGACCGGCGCAAGGAUAGCACCGUCAACACGAAUAACAUCCCGUCCAGUAUGAUGACCCGGCGGAAUACCUACGUGUGUACGGAGAGACCCGGGGGGGACCGCCACUCCCUGCUUCAGAACGGGAAGGAGAACAGCUCAGGCACCGGUCGGGUCCCUCCAGCCUCCCCCUCCAGCCACAGCAUCGCCACCUCCUCCUCCUCGUCCGACCGCACCCGGCUGUCGCGCGGCACCAACAUCCGCAGCACCUUCCACGGAGGCCAAGUUCGGGACCGGCGUGGGACCAGCGUGCAAAACGGGCCGCCCCCCUCUCCCACCCUCUCCCACGAAGCCCCCCCUCUGCCUCAGAGCCGCAGCCGGGCCACGUCCAACCUGUUCAGCAAACUGACCUCGAAACUCACACGGAGGGUCGCAGACGAACCUGAGAGAAUCAGGGGACCUGCGCUCACAAGUCGCAAUCUACCUUGGCAUCAAAAGGAAGCAGAACCCCGGCUGCUCCGAUUUACCUGGAAUGUGAAGUUCACCAGCACCCGCUCCGCCGAGGCCAUCCUGGCCGCCCUCUGCCAGGCCACGGACUCUGCCAACUGCUGCCGCCGCCAGACAGAGCCCUUCGUCCUCUCCUGCACCCAUGAGAACAGUCCCAGCGAGCACUUCUGCUGCUUCGAGGUGGAGGUCUGCCGGCUGCAGCGGCUGGGGGGGCUGCACGGAGUGCUCUUCCGACGGCAAGCCGGCACCUCCCUGGCCUUCCGUGGCCUGGUGGCCAAAAUUACCGACCAGCUGCAACUCUAGGGGUGGGCUGGGGCGGGGUGGGGCUGCUCCUUUGCAUUGACUGACCCCCAGGCUGGGGAACCUCAUGGGGCGAGGACAGGGCCCCGCUGCCCUCCCACCUGUCCCUCCAGGGCCUGGGUGGUCCUCGGGCUCAGCUCUGCUGCCAGCCAGGACCAGGAGCUGCCCGGGAGGCACCUGCCGAGCCGUCAGUGGUGCUAGGGUUGGGGAGCAGGUGAGAGGAUGGGAAAGGGGGCUGGCAGGGAUGGGUGCCUGCUUCUCCAGCCCCUUCUCGGGUGGGGGAAGGCUGGCCUGCCUUCUCUUUGCCAGAGUCAUGUUGGGGGUGGGGCAGGAACGUGGGCAAGGCCCUGUUGUGCCUCCUCCUCAUCCAUUGUCAAAAGGGGACCCCCUGCCCAUCGUGCUGUUGCCAUAAACCACAGUCAUUCUCUCCCACCUUUUCUUCGUUGGCAACUAAGCUCCAGGAGCCAAGACCCUUUCAUCUCCCCAGAUGGAGCCGGGGAGGGGG